UGCUGGGCAGCUAGCGGGACGCAAGCGGGCAAAUCACGGUAGGAGGAAGGAAAGAUGGAGGCGAGGCUUCGCCAUCUGACCAAUAGGAGAGAAAGCGCGGGCCCACCCGGAGGCAUCGCCCCCCGCCCAGCUGUGGCUCAGCUGUGCCACUCCGGCGUCCAGACGAAGGGGGCUGGGCCGGCAGCACGGCCAUCCUUCUCAUUGCGCCUGCGCAGGCCACGCGCAUCCGCUCCUGGGACUUACGCUCAAGAAAAGUUACUGCAAACUUUCUAGCUCGUUUCCCCCUCCCCUCCUCCCUGCCAGACCCGCCCCCCUGUGGAGCCGGGAAUUCCGAGGGGCGGAGCGCGCGCCUCGAUGGGGAGUGGGGGGGCCCUGAGGACCCUGGAGGCGGAGGCGUGAAGAAGCUCAGUCUCGGAGUGGAGGCGGCUUCACGCCCUUAGGCCUCCUGGACUGCCCGUUACCUUCUCCGUGGUCCCGAUGGGGAAACUGAGGCCCUGAACCAGAGGCACACGCGGGGGGAAGCAGAAAGAGCGGCCAGAGACGGAGGGAAAACAAAGGGAGAAUCCCGGACAGACGGGGAGGGAGACGGACACACACACAGGGACAGAGACCCAAGUGGAGCGCUGGGUCCGGCUGUCGGGGAGGGGGGGUAGAUUGGGAAACGGGGUGGGGUUGAGGGAGGGAGCUGGGGAAAGCCCGAGGGAGGAGGAGGAGGAGAAGGAGGGAGGAACUUCCCAAAGUUACAAAACAUGGCUACCUUGCCUGCGGAGCCGAGCGCUGGGCCAGCGGCCGGGGGGGAGGCGGUGGUGGCGGCGGCAACCGAAGAGGAGGAGGAGGAAGCGCGCCAGCUCCUGCAGACUUUGCAGGCGGCCGAGGGUGAGGCGGCCGCGGCGGCCGGGGCCGGGGCGGGCGAAGCGGCUACAGGAGCUGAGGACUCGGGGUCUCCGGGUGUCCCCGGGUCGUCCCCCGAGGCCGCUGCUGAGCCGCCCUCGGGCCUCCGCUUCUCGCCAGAGCAGGUGGCGUGCGUGUGCGAGGCACUGCUGCAGGCGGGCCAUGCCGGCCGCUUGAGCCGCUUCCUGGGCGCGCUGCCCCCGGCCGAGCGCCUACGUGGCAGCGACCCGGUGCUGCGCGCGCGUGCCCUGGUGGCCUUCCAGAGGGGCGAGUACGCCGAGCUCUACCGGCUCCUGGAGAGCCGGCCCUUCCCCGCCGCCCACCACGCCUUCCUGCAGGACCUCUACCUGCGCGCGCGCUACCACGAGGCCGAGCGGGCCCGCGGCCGCGCACUGGGCGCAGUGGACAAAUACCGGCUGCGCAAGAAGUUCCCGCUGCCCAAGACCAUCUGGGACGGCGAGGAGACCGUCUACUGCUUCAAGGAGCGCUCCCGCGCCGCGCUCAAGGCCUGCUACCGUGGCAACCGCUACCCGACGCCGGACGAGAAGCGCCGCCUGGCCACGCUCACUGGCCUCUCGCUCACGCAGGUCAGCAACUGGUUCAAGAACCGGCGACAGCGAGACCGGACCGGGGCCAGCAGCGGCGCGCCCUGCAAGAGCGAGUCUGAUGGGAACCCCACUACUGAAGAUGAGUCCAGCAGAAGUCCUGAGGACCUGGAGAGGGGGGUGGCCCCAGCAGCUGCUGAAGCCCCCGCCCAGAGCUCCAUAUUCCUGGCAGGGCCCAGCCCUCCUGCUCCAUGCCCAGCCUCCUCCUCCAUUCUGGUGAAUGGGAGCUUCCUGGCUGCCAGCAGCUCCCCUGUGCUCCUCAAUGGCAGCCCUGUCAUCAUCAACAGUCUGGCCCUGGGCGAGGCCUCCAGUUUGGGCCCCUUGCUGCUCACAGGUGGAGGGGCUGCUGCUCCACCACAGCCCAAUCCCCAGGCCACUAGUGAAGCCAAAACCUCCCUGGUCUUGGACCCUCAGACCGGUGAGGUUCGGCUGGAAGAGGCUCAGUCUGAGGCUCCUGAGGCUAAAGGGCCCCAGGUGGCUGCUUCAGUGCCCACUGGAGAGGAGGUCUCAGGGCCCCUGCCCCAAGUGGUACCUGGCCCCCCACCUGCAGCCACUUUCUCUUUGCCCCCAGGACCAGUGCCCACAGUGGCUGCCCCCCAGGUGGUGCCAUUGUCCCCACCCCCCGGGUAUCCCACAGGCCUGGGUGCCACCUCCCCACUGUUGAACUUGCCUCAGGUUGUGCCCACCUCCCAGGUGGUGACCCUGCCCCAGGCUGUGGGGCCACUGCAGUUGUUGGCAGCUGGGCCAGGCAGUCCUGUGAAGGUGGCAGCUGCAGCAGGCCCUGCAAAUGUGCACCUGAUAAACUCUGGGGUGGGCGUGACUGCUCUGCAGCUGCCUUCGGCCACUGCCCCAGGAAACUUCCUCCUAGCCAACCCCGUGUCUGGCAGCCCCAUCGUCACAGGGGUGGCAGUACAACAGGGGAAGAUCAUCCUCACUGCCACCUUCCCUACCAGCAUGCUGGUCUCUCAGGUCCUGCCACCGGCCCCCAGCCUGCCCCUGCCCCUGAAGCCAGAGACGACCAUCUCAGUGCCUGAAGGAGCCCUCCCAGUGGCCCCCAGCCCCGCACUCCCAGAGGCCCACGCCUUGGGCACACUUUCUGCUCAGGUGCCGCCACCCCCAGCUGUGGCCACCUCUGUGGCCAGCCUGCCCUUCUCUUCAGACUCCUCCAGCCUCCUGCCCAGCUUUCCUGCACCACCAGCAGAAGGUCUCAUGUUGUCACCUGCAGCUGUGCCUGUCUGGUCAGCAGGGCUAGAACUGAGUGCAGGAGCAGAGGGGCUGCUAGAUGCAGAGAAGGGGCUGGAGACGCAGGCCCCCCACACCGUGCUGAGGUUGCCCGGCCCAGACCCAGAGGGGCUGCUCCUGGGGGCCACUGCAGCUGCCGAGGUGGACGAGGGGCUGGAAGCAGAGGCCAAGGUUCUGACCCAGCUGCAGUCAGUGCCUGUAGAGGAGCCCUUGGAACUGUGACCCGCUGCCUUCACUCAGGCUGCUUGUGACAAUGGUGCUCAAGAUGCAGGGACAGGAUGGGGGAGAAGGGACUCUCGCAGGCAGUUGUCAUGACCCGAGGGUCCCCUAUACACUACAUCCCUUCAGCCUGGAGAGCCCCUCCAAGGUCUAGAGGUGUCAGAUGGACCUCCCCGUCUGCCCCCUGCCUGGGGCACUAUCAUGCUGUGGAGGGGAGGACUCCUGUACAGCCCUCUCCCUGCCGUGCCAUCUGAUAGGGGAAACUUGGAGGUCCUGGCCCAGGGGCUCUGCCCUUCUGCAUCUGGUACUAGCCCUGAACUGAAAACCUGCCAGAUGGCUGGAGUUCCGCCCCCACAAGCAUGUGCCCUCACUCCUGGCACUAUUCAUAGUUCUGCUGUUACCAGUAUACUCGGAACUGCUGAGACUUUGAGGAUGGAGAAUGCAGUCUUGGGCCCAGAGACUGAGACCUCCCUGGCUAACCCUUUGUAGAAGGGUGAGGCCUUCCUUUACUCCCCUGGACUUAAGCCCUCACCAUCACCUCUAGCCCCAGACCAAAGAUUCCCUCAAUGGGGGAACCCAGGCCCCAUGUCUAGUUUGUAUCCUAAAUCUCUAUUUUUCUAGGACAUGUUAUGCCUCCAUUUCAAUUAAAAGUAAGAGACCACAGAACUUGCGAAGGACUUGCUGAAGGAAAACAGGAUCUGGAAACCCAGUUUGCCAUGGUGGCUUCUGGCCAUUGCUUCCUGAGGGUUCAUGGACCUGUACGCUGGUGCCUUGUGGGCAGGUUUACUUCAGUGUAGGUCUAGGCCGGUGUUGGGGGGG